UCUGUAAUCGCGUGGACAACUCGGUUGGUCUCUUUUUACCAAGCUCGUGCUGUCACGCGACCGAAAUGUCAAACCGGAGAUCGGCUGUCCUCGAAAAACGUCUAAAAUCAACGGUCAUUAUACCAGUUCAUGAUGGGCGAAAUAGAAACAACUUCUUAUAUUCAUAUCUACAAAUUCUAUGCAGUAUUCGUUCUGAAGCAUUCAAAUUGAUGUAAAAAAAUCUUUCUUCUGCAUAUUUGCCAACGAAAAUCGUUUGAACGAGCCCACUUUCCUUGGGCCAAAAUUCGACGACGACGACGUUUCUGAAGGGAGCAAAGGGUAAACAAAGUUUGACAUGUUUGACGCUGUACACAAACAAAAGCAAGCGCGCUGGUUCCGUCCUGCUAAUAAAAAUAGUUUUGCUAGUAAAAAUUGUAAUAUACGCUCGUAACGCUGCUAUAAUGUCUGAUGAAGAGGUUAUCAAACGCCGGCUACAAAUCGAUGGUGAUGGAACCGGCGACGACAGACGCUUGAACGAUUUGCUGAAAACGUUUAUCAAAUGGUGUAAUUCGAACGAUGCUUCAGACAACAGUCAACCAAUAUACGAUCGGCUGCUCGCCCAGCUAGCACAGUGCGAGUUUGACAUGAAAAAGUCCGACUUUUAUGCGACGGUGAUGCAGCAGGAGCUGAAAAACUAUGCCACCAUCUCGGACACGAUAGAGACGGGCAUCGAAACGGCAAAGGCACAGAUCGUACAGAGCAAGCAGAACCUGGUGCUGGCCAAAAAGAUCCGCAAGAACCGGAUGGAGUACGACAUGCUGGCGAAAACGAUCAACCAGCAGCCGGAUCGUAAGAAGACGGUGCAGGAGCUGGAAUCGUUGAAGCAGAACCUGGACCAGCUGAAGGAAAACAGAGCCGACCUGGAGCGAAAGCUGGAGACGAAGAAGAAAGACUUCAGCGUGCUCAUGCGCUCGAUUGCCGAGCUGCAGAACAAGCUGGAUCCGACCAUGUCGGCGACGAGUACAAGCGCCUGCGAGGAGGAGGCGAUGGACGUUGCUCCGGUACCGAUCGUGGAGGAGAAGAUGGCGUGCGACGAGCCGCUGGUGCUGGAGGAGGAGGACGAUGCUGCCAGUUCGGAUAAUGACGAGGUGAUCCUAUCUUCGCCUGAAAAACUCACUUAAUAAGAAAUGGGAAUCAAUGUCGGUUGGAGUGUAUUGUCGUGUUGUGGCAUUGUAAGAAAUACAAGAAGUAUGCAGAUUUUAGGUCCGAAACCGAAACGCUCCGAUACUAUUUGCUUUAAAUUGUUUGCAUUGCCUUUAUCUUUUCACCAAAAAUUCGGUGACUGCGUUCGAAGCGAG